AUGGUUACUCGUCUAACCGAAGAAGCAUGCAUUCUUUCAUUGAAACGAUUUACUGCACGCCGUGGCAAACCUGAGAAGAUCUUAAGUGACAAUGGAAGCAAUUUUAUCGGGGCUCGAAAUGAUCUGAUCAAAAUCAAGGAACUGCUCGACAAAAAUGGAACGGACAAAUCAGUUGUUAGUUUCGUCAAUAGCCAAGGAACUGAAUACGUCACCAUCCCUCCUCGUGCUCCUCACUUCGGAGGACUCUGGGAAGCAGCUGUAAAAAGUAUGAAGAGACAUAUGCGAAAAGUUAUAGGACUGCAACGUCUCAGUUUUGAAGAAUUUCUUACAAUUCUUAAUCAAAUUGAAGCUGUCUUAAACUCACGACCAUUGUAUCCAAUGUCAAGUGAUCCUAACGACCCAACUCCGCUGACACCCGCUCAUUUUCUGAUAGGGGAAUCAUUGCUAACUCUUCCCUCUGCUGACAUCCAAGUUUCAACCAAUGUACGAUAUCGACUAUUACAGAAUAUGAUCAAGGAUUUCUGGAAAGUUUGGAAAACGGAUUACCUCAUAACGCUAUAA